CCUCUACCCUCAAAUAAUCACAAUACAACUGCGGAGAGCUUCUUUUCUCUUUCUUCUUUAUUCAUUCAGAGAGAUUAUAAGCUUUCCUCGGUUACUUGGAAUUUGAAAUGGCACGCUCUUUCGCUAACUCCAAGGCUCUCUCAUCCCUCCUUCAAAACCAAAUCUCGAAGGCUCUCACCGCCUCCCGUGGCUACGCUGCCACGGCAACAGGAAGCGUAGCAGCAAGAAGGGGAGGAGGAGCGUCCAGCGCCAUCAGAAGCAAGAAGUCUUCUUCUUCAGGGGAAGAGAAGGGAGAGAAGGUUUCAUGGGUGCCUGAUCCUGUCACUGGCUACUACAAACCCGAGAACAUCAAGGAGAUCGACGUUGCCGAAUUGCGUGCCUCCCUUCUCAACAAAAAAUGAUUCAACUAACUAACAAACUCGUCCUUCAUGCCUGGCUUAAUGAUUCUGCUUCACAUGAAAGCCAUGCCUUUAGUUUAUUUCCACUUGUUUCUUCUAUUGUUGCAAAAAUCUAAUGGAAUCAACUUCAUUAUAUGAAAA